GCACCGACCUCCGCCGACACCCGGAUCAUCUCCCGACAUCAGGUGCUGUGAAGCAAGUCAGCAGGUAGCUGAGUAGAAAGCCCUGCCAUACCAUUAGAGGCUGAAGGUCGAAAAUCAUGGCCAUGGCGACAAGCCGGUUGGUGGUGCUGCUGACCGUGAUGGCGCUUGCUCACGCAUCCAUCUUCCUCUCCAACCAGAGACAGAAGCCUCGGUUUCAGCGGGACCGACGUAACAUCCGGCCAAACAUCAUCCUCAUCCUCACCGAUGAUCAAGACAUUGAGCUGGGUUCCAUGCAGGUGAUGAAUAAGACGAGGCGCAUCAUGGAGCAGGGUGGCACGCACUUCUCCAACGCCUUUGUCACGACGCCCAUGUGUUGUCCGUCACGAUCGUCUCUCCUGACGGGCAAAUACGCUCACAACCACAAUACCUACACCAACAACGAGAACUGCUCAUCACCCAGCUGGCAGGCCCAGCACGAACCACGGACCUUCGGAGUUUAUCUCAACAACACCGGCUACAGGACAGCAUUUUUUGGGAAGUACCUCAAUGAGUAUAAUGGCAGCUACAUACCUCCUGGCUGGAAAGAGUGGGUGGGCAUGGUAAAGAACUCCCGCUUCUACAACUACACCAUCUGCCGGAACGGCAUCCGCGAGAAACAUGGAUCUGACUACUCACAGGAUUAUCUGACAGACCUGAUCACCAACGACAGCAUCAGUUACUUCCGUAUGUCCAAGAAAAUCUAUCCUCAUAGGCCAGUCAUGAUGGUAAUCAGUCAUUCUGCUCCUCACGGCCCGGAGGACGCAGCUCCACAGUACUCCACCGCCUUCCAAAAUGCAUCCCAACACAUUACUCCGAGUUAUAACUAUGCUCCAAACCUGGACAAGCACUGGAUCAUGCGCUACACCGGUCCGAUGAAGCCCAUUCACAUGGAGUUUACGAACAUGCUGCAGAGGAAAAGGCUGCAGACAUUGCUCUCGGUGGACGACAGUGUGGAGAAGAUUUAUAACAUGCUGGUGGACACUGGUGAGCUGGACAACACAUAUAUUAUCUACACAUCUGACCAUGGCUACCACAUCGGCCAGUUUGGGCUGGUCAAAGGCAAAUCCAUGCCUUAUGAGUUUGAUAUACGGGUACCGUUCUACAUUCGAGGGCCCAGUCUGGAAGGAGGAACCAUCAAUCCUCACAUCGUGUUAAACAUCGACUUGGCCCCCACCAUACUAGACAUCGCCGGGCUUGAUAUUCCUCCGGACAUGGAUGGCAAGUCCAUCCUCAAACUGCUCGAUACUGACAGGAUGAUGAACAGGUUCCAGGUUAACAAGAAGGGGAAAAUGUGGAGGGAUUCCUUUCUGGUGGAGAGAGGUAAACUACUUCACAAAGUAAUGGAAGAUGGGAAGGACGUAGCACAGGAGGAGAACUACCUUCCCAAAUAUCAGCGAGUCAAAGACCUGUGUCAGCGUGCAGAGUACCAGACACCCUGUGAACAGACUGGACAGAAGUGGCAGUGUGUGGAGGACUCCACAGGCAAACUCAGGCUGUAUAAGUGCAAAGGCAUGUCGAGUCUGUCUUCAGUCAGGAAGCCAGUAUCCAGCAAGUCCCAGUUUUACCAACACCUCAUGAGCGCGGAUGCUGGUGCUGAUGCUAAUGCCAAUGCCGAGCCUGAUGACUGCGACUGCAGCUUCAGCAGCUACAGGCUGCUAAAGAAGAAGACUCUGCUGUCCAAAAAAAAACUAAAGACACUGAAGAGCUACUCCAGAAACCGCUUUGCUCGUGCCGUCUCUAUGGAGAUGGGUGGAGACCUGUAUGCAGUGGAUCUAGAGGCCAACUACCGGCCGGUCAAAAGCAAGAACCUGAGCCAUAUCCUACAGGACGAUGAGGUGUUCAGCGGAAUGGGUCCGACAGCAGAGCCCCAGACCACCAACAGUCUGGCGCUGCCCUCAUCUAUUAAAGUCACGCACAGAUGUUUCAUAUUAUCUAACGACACAGUUACAUGUGAUGAUGGACUGUACAAGUCACUGCAGGCAUGGAAGGACCAUAAACUCCACAUUGACCAUGAGAUUGAGACCCUACAGACGAAGAUCAAGAACCUAAGAGAGGUCAGAGGGCACCUGAAGAGGGUUCGGCCUGAAGACUGUGACUGCAGCAAGUAUAUGUGAGAGU